UGAAAAAAUGGAACCCACCAGCAGUGUGAGGAGACCUGAAAGUGGCACAUGGCAGAAGUGUGUGGCGAUGGAGACAGCAGCAAUGGGAGGCCGUACAGGGACCCAUGACACACUCUGGACCUGGCAGCAGCAUGAGGAGGCGGUACAGGGGCCCAUGGCAGAUUACGGGCCUGGCAGCAGCAAUGGGAGGCCCGUAAUCUGCCAGCACCCUAUGACAAAAUGGAACCCACCAGCAGUGUGAGGAGACCUGAAAGUGGCACAUGGCAGAGUGUGGCGAUGGAGACAGCAGCAAUGGGAGGCGUACAGGGACCCAUGACACACUCUGGACCUGGCAGCAGCAUGA